ACAUUUGUAAAAGAGAUAAGUUGUAAAACAAAGUUUAUCUUUAGAACCACUUUGACAUUUCAAGUCACGGCAUUUGCCACUCAAGUUCUUGGAUUCAACUCUGGAAUUGGACAAUUUCAUCAGCUGGGCAAGUGACCAAGCCUUCUUUAGUUAACCUUGAGUGCGUUGUACGAUAUACGUUGGUAUUUAACAGCCGGCUUCUAAGAAAAUUUGCAACGUGAGAUAGGCGAACUAUUUUUUUUUUAUAAAAUAACAAAGAAUGGAAGGUCCACAGGAGGAAUCAAUUGAACAGAUAAGAGCUGAAGUUAAUGCUAUACAACAGCUUCCAAAAGAUAACGAAAUGAAAAUGCCAGAUGAGACUGUGGCACCUAAACAACAAGAGCCAAAAAUUCCAGCAGAAACAACACCUAAGCACAUAGAAGUUGAUGAAGCAGAUGAUGAUGAAGAUUAUGAUGAUGAAGAGGAAAAGGAUAAUUCACAGGGCCAACUGGUUAUGGAUAUCAAUGAAGAAGAAGAUGAUGAGGUAGAGGAUUUGGAAAAGGACGAUAUUGAGCCAAACGAUUUAUCACAAAAAUCUGAACAAAUCGAAAAGAGCACUGAGAAAGAUGAUGUACCCAACGCAAAACAAUCUGAAAAGGGUAUGAUGAGUGGGCAGACAAAUGAUAAUGGUGAAUCAAUUAUUACGUUAUCCGAUGCCGAGGAGGAUUUAAGCACAAAACCUGGUAAGGUACAAAAACGCAAGAGUGUGGGAGCAUCUAGUGCUGCAGGCAAUCCAGAGGAACGUUAUCCUAAACUAAAACGUCGUAAAAUUAAUGCAGAGGGUGCACCUAAAAUGCCCCUUACUGGCUAUAUUCGAUAUAUGAAUGAUCGUAGGGAGUCGGUGCGCAAGGAUCACCCCACUAAAAACUCCAUAGAAGUUACUAAAGUGAUUGCAGAAGAAUGGCAGGGACUUUCCAGCGAUGUCAAAGGGGAAUAUCUUAAGGCAGCAGAAGUUGAUAAACAACGCUACGUUAAAGAACUUCAUACAUUCCUAAAAUCUCGCCCAGAUAUAUUGGCCAGUGAAUUGGCCAAAAAUAAAACGCGUAAAAACGAAAACAAUAAUACAAAUGCCACAAACACUGCCAAAUCAAUACCCAAGCCAGAAAAGGUUGCCAAUGACACAACAAAGGCGGCUAAGGAUGCGCUAAAAGAAAAGCCAGUGGUAAAAGAAUCUCAAAACUCCUCUUCGAAUUCAAGUCAAAAUUCGGAGAAACUACCACAACAAACUGCAGAAAAGCCCAAUAAACGCAAACGUACACCCACUCCACCAUAUUCCAAUGCCACAACAUCUUCAACGUCCAGUGGCAAUGCAGCAAGUGGACCAUCAACCUCAGCGGCAGCAGCUGCUACUGGUUCCUCCUACUCCCACGUUACACCAGCGCCUGGCGAAAUACCCAUAUUUACAACAGAAUUUUUGGAACACAACAAAAUGUACGAUAUGGAAUUACGCUCGCUACGUAAAUCCAAAUCCGAUUUGGAGCAACAGAAUUUCGUCUUGGAAAAACAUGUCGAAAAUAUGAAAUGUGGUGUGGAAAAAAUGCAAUCGGAAAAUAAUGAUCUGCAAGAGAAAAAUAGACUGUUGGAAGUGUAUUUGGAGAAACUAAAGAAAAAAUUGGCACAAGCUUUGGGUGCACUGCCGCUGCCCUCGGCCCCAAAUGGUGCCACUGUGGAAAAUAUUGACAAAUAUAUGCAGGACUUGUAUAAAAUGUCCACCUCGAAUUCUCAUGGGCCAGCUACAUUGAAUAAGGCCAAGGAUAUCAUACGCAAAUUAGAUUUACAAAUACAAUUGUAAUUUUUUAGCUGCCCUACAUAUGUAAGCACAUUGCAAAUUCUUCAUAAGCGUAUAGAAGAUAUACACCCUUCAAUAUUUAGUUUACUUAGGAGAGAUAGAGGUACUUUUCGAAAAGUAUUUACAUUUAGUUUUAGUAGGUCUAAGCCCUUAAUAUGUACAAAAUUGAUAUCGUUUGCAGUUCACUUUCUGGAGUCAUAUUAAAUUUGGUUAUAUGAAGAACUGAAACUCAUUGAGACUGAAAUCUUAUAUGGGGUUAUAUUAAUUGGUAUAUUGCUGCCAUGUGUUUACCGUUUGCUUUUGCAAUUUUAAGCUAAAAUUGGUGAAGUUUUUUUCUUCUUGUAUUAAAUAUUUCAAAUUAUGUUGUGUAUAUUGCUUUUUUUGAAGCCACCUUUUUAGUGAAGGGUCGUUUUAUUUUAAGUUC